GAAAUGAUAUCAAACCAAAGUAUAGUUCUCUCUUUUUUUUUUUUUUGUUCUAGCAUUUGAGUUGGAAAUGGAAGUUGAAAAUGAUGAUUUGUUGUUUGCUGAGCUUACUAGAAGGAUUUCGCUUCUCAUUAUGGAUGACGACGAGCUUCCGAUCGUUAAUACGAACUUUACUAGAACAGUACAUCAACUUCGACCUAGGGAAUUACCAUUAACGAUGGAUUACGAGAAUGGGUUCGUAAGGGAGAGCAAAGGCACUGGAGUUUUCAUUCCAACACGGUUGCCACCACCAAAGAGGAAACAGAAGAAUGCGACUGUUGGUUAUAGAAUUAAAUCAGAAAACAAGAGGCUCAAUAAUCGUCAACCAUCUCCAAUGUAUUAUUGUAAGCCCAAAUAGGGUUAAGCUCAUCAUUUUCUAAUUAUUUCAAGUUUUAAUUCUAUAUUAAUAUUUAAUUAUUUUAUAAAUUCGUGUGUGAUAGUGACAUGUUUGAGUAACGGUCACUUAUAAAAUAAAGCUAUGUAGAAUUUUAAUUAG